UUUGUUUUUUUGCUGGAGCGACUUGCUGCAGCGGUGACUUUGCUAGAUACCAAUAUAGUUCUUGUGCAUCUGGCACUCCUGUGGGAAAUUCUCCAGGUGGCUAUGGUCAUGUAUACCCGCUGUUCUCAAGUGCAAGAACUCGUCUGUGUAAAUCACGUGGGUGCUCACGUCUCAGUAGCUCCUCGACAAAGCGUCACUCACGGCAUAUUUGCUGGUCAUGUUAUGACCUCCGCCACAGCCACUGUGGCAGUUUGGGUUCCGCGACAAAUUGCUUAUGUCUCGGAGAAAAGUGGUGUCGUUGACUUUUCGUAUCCGUAUUAUUGUAUCGCAAGCACGCAGUGAUCAUGGUUAGACAUCUCGAGUCGAACGAACAUCUUGUCUUCACGACCACCCGGCCGAGCCAGCAGACCCUCAUUCGGCCGUUCUUCUUCGUCUUCCAGAAUC